AUGAACGAGAACAUUAAAGAUUGGUCGGCGGGACUUACUGCAUACAUCCAUGCCAGGAAGUUUCCGCAAACUGGCAAGAAAGCGAUGAGCCAGCGCUAUUUCGGAUCAAUGGUGGCUGACGUCCAUCGAACACUUCUUUACGGCGGCAUAUGUUUAUAUCCACCGACAAAAGAUGCUCCGAACGGAGAGCUCCGUCUCCUGUGCCAAUGCGCUCCAAUAGCCUUCAUUGUAGAGCAGGCAGGAGGUCAUGCUACGUCGGGGAAGCGUCCCAUACUACACAUUACUCCCAAGGAUAUCCACCAGAGAUGUCCUUUCUACGUUGGGAGCAAGAAGGACGUAGAAGAGCUGCUCACAUACCUUGAUAAAGAGUAA